AUGGGUUUGGAAAAACUACUACCAUGCAGCAGAGUCCAAGUAGCUACAACAGUUAAAAAUUCAGGCUGUGAUGUUUUCUGUAUCAUUGAUCGUGAUUGUCUACCCGAGGAAUUAGAAGAACAAUUCAAAGAAAGCCGUUUGAUGGACAAAGCAUUCGACAGUGUGGUGUCUUGCUUCAAAUCAUACACCUUGAAUGUGCCUGUAGUCUACUCACCAUUGCCGGAGUUGAGUGAUUAUCACGAUGUGAGAGCUUAUCAACAGGCAGCUGCAAAAGCUAUGCAGCGAGUUGUUAAAGCUGGGUUUAAGUCACCAUUGUUGCUGGUGCCACACAGUGAGAACUUUAAGAAUACUGAGGUAUGCACUGUGCUAGGUGCGCUGGAGCAACUUUAUGUGCCAAUUCAACUGCGUGAAGAUGUACCAGACAAGAGCCAACAGGUCAAGAAUUUGUCGGUUAUGUAUUCCAGUCCCCAUACAGCUGAUGUUGUUAAAGAAGCCUUGGUUUUGGAGUCGGGUCGAUAUGUGGCCCGUGAUAUUGGUGUUGGCGAUCCCGAACGCAUGGCCCCACCACAUGUGGAGACAUACAUCAGAGAUUUGUUUGCAGGUCUAAAAGUGACCGUUGUCAGUGACAUUGACGUUCUCAACAAGGAAUAUCCGCUUUUCGCUGCCGUCAAUCGGGCAGCAAAUCAAGUGAAACGUCAUCAAGGACGUAUUAUUUUCAUAGAAUAUGAGCCACCCAAAAAGGCUGAGAGAACGUUGAUGUUGGUAGGUAAGGGCGUUAGCUACGACACUGGAGGUGCUGACAUCAAAGCUGGAGGUAUUAUGGCCGGAAUGUCGCGCGAUAAAUGUGGUGCUGCUGCUGUUGCUGGUUUCAUGCAGAUUGUCAAAGAACAAAAACCCGAUGACAUUCAUGUUAUUGCUGCUCUAUGCAUGGUACGCAACUCGGUAGGCGAGGAGUCGUAUGUCUCAGACGAAGUAAUAACCUCAAGGGCUGGUGCACGUGUGCGUAUCGGCAACACUGAUGCAGAGGGACGCUUGUGUAUGGCAGAUGCCCUAUGUCGCAUGAAGGAGAUUGCAUUGGAGAAACAAUUGCCCAACGCUCAUCUCUUCACCAUAGCCACCCUGACGGGUCAUGCUUUCUUUUCUGCAGGUGAAGGCUACACCAUUGUGAUGGACAAUAGUGUGGCGCGACAAGCUCAACAUGAUAGAAUUUUGCAAGAGGUGGGCACUUCAUAUGGUGAACCCUUUGAAGUGUCUGUUAUACGUCAAGACGAUUUUGACUAUAAUGUUGGCAAGGUUAUAGGCGAGGACUUUGUGCAGUGUGGCAAUGAACCCUCAUCUCGCAUACCUCGUGGUCACCAAGUGCCAGCUGCUUUGCUUAUGCAGAUUACUGGUCUGGAUAAGCAUGGUUUGAAAUCGAAACAACCCUUGCGAUACACUCAUUUGGAUAUUGCACCUAGUGCUGGAGAAUAUCCAAAAAUGCCAACUGGCGCCCCACUUGUUGCUUUGGCAAAGGUGCAUUUAACUAAAAAGGUGCCCUUUUAA